UGGACGCUCUGACUAUAUCUGUUUAUAGUCAGUACCGAUACAGAUUUUUCCACCAGCUGCACGAGGACGAGCUUCGCAGCUACAACGACAGCGGUCCAGUGUGGAGAGGAGCUACCCGAGGAGAAGGCUAUCGAGAACAAGAUCAGCCAAGAGACCUCCAUGUGGAAUAUGUAUGACCUUCUGGUCCUCAUGCCACCACUGAUGGUGGCUUCUGUUGUUCUGGGGAUGAAGUCGGACCAGAUUGGUCGCCGCUUUCUAUUCCUCUUCCCUUUCGCAACGAGUUUGGCAGAGUGUGGCUUGUGGAUGGCGGUCAUCUGGUUCAACCUACACUAUGGAUGGACGCUAGUUGGCACUUUCUUGUGGGCCGUCUCUGGAGGAAGCAUUAGCAUGAGCUUUGCCUCCCUGGCGCUCAUCUCCGAUGACUAUAGCAACCCUGAAGACGACAAGACCAAAGAACAUGUCAGAGACGGGGAGCAGAAGACUGCCGAGUCGGAAGACACGGACCUGGAUUUUUCCAGAGAGGGAAGUAGGACUUUUAAGUUUGUUCUUGUAGACAUCAUCAACAUGUUAGGCUCUAGUGCCAUGGGCUUCGCCUCAGGUUACAUCAUAACUGGACUGGGUUUUUUCUACUCCCUGGUUGUCGUUUUAGUCGUCAAUUUUACCAUCUUCAUUUUUGCCUUCGCUUUCAUUGAGGAGUCUGUCCAGCAGAAGAAGAGCAUCAGCUUCAUUCUGCCAUUGAAGAUCAUCUACCGAGCACUACAGGACCCUCGCAAAAGGCUCACCAUUAUUUUCAUCAACGUGGCCAACGUGUUGACCAUCUUCGCUUUCGUCAGCGAAACGAACGUCUUGCCCACUUAUCAGAUGAGUCCUCCGUAUUGUCUCAACUCGGAGGAGCUUGGGUGGAUCGGUGGAGAGAGCAAUGUGAUUAGCCUCUUUACCAUGCCUGUGCUUUGGUUCUGGCAGCGACUCCACUUGUCCGAGUCGACCAUUGCAGCCCUUGGAAUGGCUUUUGAGACUGCUAGUCAGUUCCUGAUGGCCACUGUGCGCAUGAAAUGGGUCUUCUUUGCCGCCCCAUUCAUCUCCAUUCCGGGGAAACUGGCAGGAGUGAUGGCAAAAGCAAUCACUUCUCGGAUGAUUGGUCGAAGAGCUUUCGCUUCUACAUUCGCCCUGAUAAUGUUAUCCAUGGAGAUAUCUUCCGUCAUUGGAAAUGUGACGACCAACUACGUGUACCAGUACACAGUGUCCACGGUGCCCACAGCCUUUCUCUACCUCGCUGGUUCCUCCUUCACUGCUGCCGGCAUCUUCUACAUAGCGGAGACAAUCCGCCAGUGGCGACGUCCGACUGCACCGACUGCUGAGAUGUCCUUUCCCGGCUAAAGCUCGGAAAAUAUUACAAUAAGAGUGUGUGGUGGGAGUGCGAUGGUUACAACGGUUAGAAUGGAUUUGUCUGAAAAUAUGUAAUGGCUGGUCAUGACCACUAAUAUUAAGUCAAAACCUUUUAUCUUCUUUGUAAGGUUUUGGACUGCUGCUAUGUCUAAAAUUUCUUGAUGUCCACCUCCAGCACCAUUAAACCAUUGUUCUUGCCUCUCCUUCGUUUUUACUAUAAUAGAGAACUGUGGAUAGAUCCCGCUAUUUGUGGUAAUUAAAAACAUUUGUCUGUCAGUGCAUUUCCUUGCAUAAUUUAAAAAUAGUAAAAAUCUGUAAUUGAAAAUAGUUUCACACUGAGAUUGCGAUGCCUUUGAAGUGUACUAACUAAAAUGUCUCAAAUGACUAAGGAUUGUUGACUCCCUUUAUUCAACCAAAAGACUAAAAUAAAGCCUGUAUUCUCUUUGGUAUAAACAACAGCCCACGACCUUUCCUGAGUGGUUGAGUGAGUUUAUGAUUAUCUCGUUUGUCGCGAAAAUCCUGACCUGACC